AUGGCUUAUUCUCCGGGAGACAAGAUAUUUGCAAAGGUUAAGGGUCAUCCACAUUGGCCAUCAAGAAUUAACUUACUGCCUGAAGAUGUCCCGAUUCCAAAAGGGAAAUACCCAAUAUUUUUCUAUGGCACACAUGAAGUUUACUUUCUAACUCCAAAAGAUAUAUUUCCUUAUGAAAAAUUCAAACACAAGUAUGGGGUAACUCGAAACAAACCUGCUUUCCAGGCUGGAUUACGGGAGAUAGAAGAAAAUCCUGAUGUACUUCUCUAUAAUAAGGAUCCUGAAGCGGAAGUAUUUUUGGCUCAGUUUUACUCGUUCAAACGUGAAUGUCAGAAUACGAAUGUUGCAGCACAAACACCGAGUCAGAAGCGGUCAAAGUCAACUUCAGCUGAAACGGAACAUGGGAGACUUGCUAAACGACCGCACACCGAAUCUCCCAACAGCAACAGUCCUGUCAAGUUUCAUCCUCGCACUUCUCAGAGGGGUGGAAGAAGUAGUUUAACUAAAAGUAAAAGACAAUCGUCUGCUACAGAAGUUAAAACUGUAAGACCAUCUGUCCAACCGGCUCCUGUGGAAUCGGCGAAUUACGUUCCUGAAGACUCUCAACGUGUUUCAACUCUUCGUCUUCGCAUUCGCAAACAUUCUACUGGUUUAAUAUUGUCGCCGGAUUCUGUUUCUCCGUCCUCGCCAUCUACACCAGAGUCAACUGCAACUUUAGAAGCCCGCCAUGCUGAACCAGAACGAAUACAACCAUCUUCUGAUCGGUUGAAGAUCAUCAUACGUCAAAAUACAACAAUGUCUCCAAUAAUGUCAACAGAGGAAAAAAUGAAACAAAGACCUGUGGUUUCAGUAACUCCUACGCCUAACACAGCAGGUAGUAAUAGCAUAAACCAAUCUGAGGCUAAGCGUCCACGCUCUACAGCUGUUGUUACUCCCCUUCUUCGGAAUGUCCUACCGGAAUUGAGUGAUGACUCUUCUGACUCUGAUGUUUCUAAAACUGAUGAGAGUCUAAAGAUGAACAGCACUGAGAAAAAGGGAAAAUCAUCUUAUAUGGAAGAAAAGUCGGAAAAUAGUCAGAAUUUGGAUCUUUCUGUCCAUCGAACUCAUAGCAUUCGCUUAAGAAGAAAAUUUUCAAAGCAGGUGCAGGAUUCUUCUGAAAUAACCAUUUCACAUGUCGAAGACUCACAAAAGACGACCCCAAUCACUAGUCCAGAGUUAUCAUCCAGUAAUUGGCACAAAACUGUGGCGUUGACGUCUAAAUGUGGUGAUAUUAAAACAAAUUCAACUAUUAGUUUGGAUUCUAUCGUCGAUUCUAAGAGUGAUGUUCCAUCUACACCGAAUCAUGAAAUUAGUAAAGACAAGGAACAACAGUUAAAAGAUUUGGAUACUGAAGAACGCCUACUGUUGAUUGAUCGUUCCAUAAAAUCCAGUCUGGUCCAAGGUCACGAAGAUAUUGCGACGUGUGUGGACAAAUUGGAACAUCUCGAUAAAAUGGCUAUAUCUCUACCAAUAAUGGCUAGAUGCUGGACAGUUGUGGAAACAAUACGAAAAUGUCGUCGAUAUAAACGUUCUCUGGAGGUUAAAAUUGCAGCACAGAAGGUUUUUAAUAAAUUUCUACAACUCUAUGCUACUGCAGAUAAAAAUGAACUGGAUUUAGCUCAUGCUGAAUUAGUCAAACAUCAACAGCGCCACAUGAGAAAGCAUUCUGCUAUGUUACAUAAAGUUGAUUCACCAGGAGGCUCUGUGUCAGCAUCCAUCACUUCUCUUCCUCCAUAUACUGGACCUAAAUCAAUGGCUGAUUUAUUUCAGUUGACAAUUCGUCCUACGAAAGAUGUACAUGACAGUAAAGUAAUUCAUCAUGACACAACCAAAAACAAUCCAGAAACUUUACAGUCACCAUCUUCAGUUGAUGCAACUCCGAAUUCAUCUCAAGCUUUCGAACGAUGUGAGAGACCUACAAAUACGAUUACUACUUCUUGUGUCCCGUCUAAUUCUGCUACUGAAACUAUCGUCUCUUCUAUGUUUAAGUCACAAUCCCCUCUACUGCAUUCAUCUUCGAAUGUAGGUGAUCAAUUGGGUGUUUCUCUUCAGGAUAUUCCACUUCCCGAAGAAGCACCUGUUAAUCUAACUCAACCAAAGAAAACCACCGAUCCUUCCAGUCCUAUAACUGAGAAAACCAAGGACUUUUCUGAGCUUCUGGUACCUGAGGAUAUUGAUGGUGAGUUUGAACUUUUAGAUGAAUAUGAAGAACCACAAGAAAUAAAUGUUGCCCAACCAGCUGAAUGUAGGUUUCCUUCCCUUCAAUUUUCUUCUGAGCCUGAAAGCUUUUUGAGAAAUAAGGAUGUAUCUCAGUCAACGUCUGCUCAAGCCAACUUCGUCAUUACACCUAUGCUAAACACCAAUUGCGUGCCACAAAUGGCGUACUUUGGUUCGUUUCCUCCGCAGUCUGUGGUUAAUAAUAAUAAGCUGUAUCCUUAUCCUGUUUUCGCAAAUGUACAAAUGCCAAAGACAACACCACCUCAGUCUUCUUCGCGUGCUUAUAUCCCACAUUCACUUCACCCUUCAGAACACCCACCUCCACCUUACAGACCGUAUAUUCCAACUCGCUGCGAUCUUGAACAAACUCAUGAACUUAUCACUUCUCUUGAUAUGUGUUCUAACGUUACGAAAGAAGUUAAUCAAUCGCAUCAAAUUAUAAAGAAUGGAGUUGUCUCAGAAAUUCUUCAAUCUUCUAAAAAUUUGCACCCAGACUCUGAUAGUCGGAAAAUUCAUGAUCCAUCAAAUAGCAACAUUUUAGCACGAGAAACUCGAACGCCACCCCAUCGAGGACGGAGUCCACACGCGCUCCCACACCCCUUAGAGCACUAUCAACGUUAUCUUACUUCUGCUCUUAGUUCAGAAGAUGAAGCCAGUAGAGAUAGUACUUCUCAAAGAUUCAUCUACAAGCACCAUCACUCUUCUCAUCAGUCAUCUCAUAGUGACGCAAAUUCAGAUAAGAUAAAGACUCAGCAGUCUCCUGUUAACGAUAACUCUCAUGGUGAAAUAUCUAUUGUAAGUUCAUCUGGCGAAGACCUUGAUACACGAAUUGCGCGCUUGUAUAAUCUGGCCAUGCGCAAGAGUAAUAUUGCAACCUCCAACACUCCAGAAGCAUUUACAGACGCCAGACCUAAAGUACAAAACCCAACAACUAACCCUAUAGGUUCGCCACCUCCUCCGCCACCUCCUCUUCCAAUAUCUCAGCGUGUACUCUUCACUCACAGACCGCAAAACCCGUUGCAUUCAAGUACGUCCGAUCAACUGACUUCCUUAUCUUUACAGCGCGAGUUAAGAAUGUCGUCUCAAAGCGAUCAUUCUGAUAACAGGAGAAUUAGUAGUGAAUCAAAACACAUGGAACCUACUAUUAAUGAUCAAAAGAGCUCUGGCAUUUUGAAUGCACAAACUCAAUAUUUCGCCGCAAGCUCCUCGCGUCACCGAUCUGGCUCUGAUGCUGUUGUCGUCACCACAAAUCAUCUGUCUGAAAUACCAUCUAAAGAUUUUCAGCAACAAAAACUGAAUGCAUCCGCGAGUGACCCUGGUACGCACAUUUCUGAGUACAGUGCCGGAUUUACUCGCCCCCCACGGAACUCAUAUCCCAGACGACCGUUUGUUAACCAUCCACGAGGUGGCCAUCAGUAUCGUGUACAUCCCAGACGUCAUUAUCAAACAGCACUAACUCAUCCUAACUUCCCACGUCCUAAUUUAAAUCAAACAAAUGUGGAUGAACCACCAUUCUCUGGUCGACGUCGUUCCGGUAGAGAUGAUGAUCGAGAUAUUUAUUCAAUGCUCGGUGUUUGA